UGAACGUGACUCGCUAAUCGUGACCUCCACUUCUGAGGCUGUCAACUGCGGUGCAUGUUGUUCAAUUGGAAAAGCAGCGUACUGCAUUUAGUAUGGAACAAAAAAAUGAAAAAGAUGAGGACUAUGGCUAUCAAUUAUUUCCAGAUAGGCAUAACGAAACAUCUAAAAGAAGUGCAUUAGGUACAAGUCUGUUCACUUUUAAACAUAAAUGUCAGGUCAUGCUGCGAAUUGCACUGGACACAAGUCCGUAUGCAAAACUGCUUCUUGAAGCAAUGAAACAUUCAGGAUGUGCUGCUUAUUUAGACCGCCAUUUUUCCUGUGAGGACUGUGAUGGAAUUGUGAGUGGUGGAUUUGAUGCAACAUCAUCUCAGAUUGUUUUAUGCCAAAAUAACAUUCACCAGCAGGCUCAUAUGAACAGAGUUGUUACCCACGAGUUGAUCCAUGCCUUUGACCAUUGUCGUGCUCAUGUUGACUGGUUUAAUAAUUUUAAGCAUCUCGCCUGUUCAGAGAUUCGUGCUGCCAAUCUUAGUGGUGACUGUUCAUUUGGGAAUGAGAUAAGCAGGUUUAAAUUUGGUAUAAAACAGCAUCACCAGGAAUGUGUACGAGAACGAGCUCUUCGUUCUAUCUUAGCAGUCCGAAAUGUGAGUCGAGAAGAUGCAGAGAAAGCAGUGGAUUCUGUAUUUAACAGUUGUUUCAAUGACCAUGAACCAUUUGGAAGAAUUCCACAUAACAAUGCAGAUGCAGGACAUGCAUACAAGGAAUUUAAAAACAGAGAUCGUUAUUAUUCCAAUAUAUAAAAAUGACUGUAAAUAAUGCUGGAGCAAAUAAUAUUUAUAAACUUCAAUUAUUGUUGCUGAAUUGGACUUCAUCUUCCACAAAUAUUUCUUUUUACUGUACUUUGAAAUAUACACUAAAAAUAC